UUCAUGAAGGUAAAUUCAAAACUUUAAUAGUAUUGGAAUAAGAUGCCAGCAAUUUAUUUCGAUAGUCUAUUGACGCUCAAAUUUUGGCUAAUCGGAGUUCUUAGCCCCUUUAAAGCAUUUAGAGCCUAUUCAAAUUUCCAUUAAGGAGUCUUCCAUUUGUUUUUAAUAAUAUUAUGAAGCGAGUCGUAAAUGUCUAAACCUCUUUUUAUGAUAUAUCAUUCUUAUCAAAUUUCUAACUAUGCUUAAAUCUUUCGUCCAAACUUAGCGGCUGGCAUUGUCAAAGACAAAGAAAUAUCUCACAAAAAUAGUGAAAUUUAUCAUCUUAAACAAUCACAGUCACAGGCUCUUUGUUGCUGCCAAUGUUCUCCUAGUAACAAAUAUAUGCGGAAUGGAAUCCUCCAUAACUGUAUUAUAGAGGAGUGAAUUAUCAACUUUGCUAUUUCAUGAUGGACUUCACAGCCCGAGUCUCUGUCUCAGACUGUCUUUUGAGGUCAUAAAAAAGUCCGUAUUUUUAAACUCUGAUACUAGUCAUCUUUAGAAAGUUAGAUAAUUCAUGACUUCAACAGCUGCUCGGGAGCAUGCUUCUAUGAAAAUUUAAUAUUAUUUGAAGCAUCUAUUUUGCUCUAGAGAGAACUCUGAGCAAAUAAACAAUGACUAAAGGUCUUUCUUAAGUCAUUAAUAGAGGUUGAAAUGCUCGUGGACGAGUUUGAAAUCAUAAGUUCAUACAUUACCACUGUCAAAUGACCUUCUGUUAAAUAUUUAAGUUCAAAGAUAAAAGAUUUAAUAAAAAAUUUUAACAUGGAUUUAUACCAUAAUCAAAGUUGGAAAACUCAUGCUUUCAAACCAGUGUGGGGAUACUCACAAAUUAUUAAAGAAUGUGCCACUCUCUAUUGUUGCUGUCCAUCUAUGGCAGAGAUGGUCCCAUACUUGCAAGCCUAUUGUACUUGUCAAAACCUGUGAUCUUGCUCAGCUCACGCUGUUGAGGAUGAUAACGAGGCCAACAUUGACAACAGACCUCAAGCUGAUGCUCCCAGUUGUGAACAGAAGCAAGCUGAAAAAGUGAUCACCGAUAUUCAGCAAGAUAAGGAGAGCCUGAACUUAGUUGACAAACCUGUCACUCAGAACAGCGACCACCCUCAAAUGGACAAGGAUGUAGAUAAAGAAGAAAGUAAAGUCCCUGCUGCCACAAGAAUCUCCAGCAACCGCAGAAGACGUUCUUCAAGACUCGACAUCAGAGCCAGGCUCAUCAGACUCAGAACAAAGAUCCAGAAUGGGCGGGUCACUGGGUUUCAGAGCUCCAGAAAGAAGACCAGAGGAACUACUGAUACAAGCCUAGGAAGGAGGUCUCAGUACAUUGGAGUGUCCAAAAACAAUGCCAACUGGCAAGCCCUCAUCAACCAAAGAAACACUAAGAAAUAUAUCGGAACUUUCACCGAUGAACUCGAAGCUGCCAGGACCUACGACCUGUACGCAAUGGCAAUGCAGGGCCAGAAAGCCUGCCUGAACUUCAGCUACUCUGCUCAAGAAGUGGAGGAGAUGGUGGACUACUUCAUUGCUUACAAGGCUGUGGACAUGGCAGCUUUCGAGACAGCUUCUAACUAGAUCGUUUACCUAAUACAAAGUUUUCAUAA